UAAGCCAACAUGGAUUUUAGAUUUAUAUUUGAAUUUCUUAUUUGUAUUUUCUAUUCUUCAUGUCAAACUUCUUUAGUUAAUGAAGAUUGGAAACGUGGUGAGGUUGGAAAUGUUACUCUAAGAUGUCCUUCUUAUGGAGUAUUCUGUGAGGACCAUUUUUCAUCAUUAGGAAAUAAUACAAAAAAUUGGGAGGAGUGUGCUUCUCAAUGUGCAAAUGACAAGGAUUGUAUAUUCUGGACUUGGUACAUAGCUGAUCAUCCCAUCCAUCCCAAUACUUGCAUUCUUAGGGAUGCAUGUGAAGAAGAGAGGCAUGUUGAUUAUAUAUCUGGACAAUAUGAUUGCUCCACGGUGAACUAGGGUCAACUUUCAUUCGAACCGGCCCGACCCCUUGCACCAGACUUAUGGACGCGUAGCAUGUACCCGUCCAACUUUAAUGUUAAGGCCAGACUUUUGGCAGUACCCGGCGUAUAGUAGUUCUAUUUGACCUACCCUACUAUAGCUUAGCUUAAUCUGGCUCAAACUAAACUAAUUGUUCACUGCACAUGGUCAAAUGGAAUUUGCGCAUUUUUAGUUUUUCCAGAUUACAAAUCAUUUUUUGCAAAACAAAAAAGUUUUUUUUUGCAUAUCUUCAAAUGAUACAAUCAACAUAUUUUUGCAAAUGAAACAUUUAAUUUCAUUGUUUAAUAUACAUUAUUUUCUUACAGAGACCGUAAGGGUACUUCUUAUGACCCUCCAUGCAUAGAAUUGCCCAAUUCACAACUGUGCCCAUAUAAGCAUCAAGUGUGAAUUAGAUACAAAUGUUUAUAACCUAGAAAAACGACAAUAUUUUCACACAAAAGAAUAAAUUCAUAAUUUUCGUGCAGAUUUAGUAAUAAAGUUUAAGAUUUUAAGAUACUUUUUUGUAAAAACAUGGAUUUUUAUAGCGCUUAAAUGUAUAAUGUAACCGCUGGCAAUAUGCUGGCAAACCAGAAAAGUGUAGAAUAGGAAGACGACAUUUAAGCAAUAUUUAUGCGUAUUUGUUGAUACAAAGGCAUUAGUUUACAAGUAGCUUUAUGUUAAUUAUAAAGUAAAACGGUCUGUGCAGAUGUUGUCUUUGAUGUUUAU